GACAAGGAAGAAACUGUUCAUAAUGAUCACUAGAUACAAAAACAAAGUUGCAGACUUGCAGUUAGACAAAUGUAAUUGAUAUAUACUUGUAGGCUAUACAACCCCAGUUCCAAAAAAGUUGGGACGCUGUGUAGAAUGUAGAUGAAAACAGAAUGCAACGAUUUGCGAAUCUCAUAAACCCGUAUGUUAUUCACAAUAGAACAUGGAAAACAUGUCAAAUGUUUAAACUAAUGUUUAAACUAGUUUAAAAAAAAAGAAGGUAAUUUCGAAUUUGAUGGCCGUAUUUACUUCUGAGGGCGCACGGUGGCUGAGUGGUUAGCAUGUUUGCCUCACACGUCCAGGGUCGGGGGUUCGAUUCCCACCGUGGCCCUGUGUGUGCGGAGUUUGCAUGUUCUCCCUGUGCUGCGGGGGUUUCCUCCGGGUACUCUGGUUUCCUCCCCCAGUCCAAAGACAUGCAUGGUAGGCUGAUUGGCGUGUCCAAAGUGUCCGUAGUGUAUGAAUGGGUGUGUGAGUGUGUAUGUGAUUGUGCCCUGUGAUGGAUUGGCACCCUGUCCAGGGUGUACCCCGCCCUGUGCCUGAUGCUCCCUGGGAUAGGCUCCAGGUUUCCCCAUGACCCUGAAAAGGAUAAAGCGGUAUAGAAGAUGGAUGGAUGGAUUUACUUCUGAGAGACACUCUUUUAUUUUAUAUGCACUAUCAUUUUACUGACCUGUUGCCAAUUAACCUAAUUAACCUGCAAAAUGUUCCUCCAGCUGUUCCUUUUUAGCUUUAACACUUAUUUUUCCAGCCUUUUGUUGGCCCGUCCCAACUUUUUUGAGACGUGUUGCGGCCAUCGAAUUCAAAAUCACCUUAUGUUUUUUUCUCUCCUCAGAAUGGUACAUUUUCCUCAGUUUAAACUUUUGAUAUGUUUUCCAUGUUCUUCUGUGAAUACCAUACGGGUUUAUGAGAUUCGCAAACCAUUGCUUUCUUUCUUUUCUUUUUUUUUAUUUACCUUUAUUGACACUUUGCACAGCGUCCCAACUUUUUUGGAAUUGGGGUUGUGCUUAUAUGUGUAUACAUACUCAAUACUUUUAUUUUUUGUUUCAUUUCCAAUAAAACACAACAGUAGACUGUUAUUAUUUGCUUCUGCAAAAAAAACAAAAAACAACAACAAUAAUUUGUGUGGCGAACAAACAACUUUAUCCUUUUUCUCUUGUUGCACUGAGCAAGUUUGCACUUCAGUCACGUGAGGAUCCAUUGUAAAGGGCUCGUAGGUUGUGCGCAUGCGCGAGAAUGGAGCAGGCUGUAUCUCAAACGGGUCCGCGUUUCCUAUGUAAGUGCACUAGAAAGGGUGACAGACUCAUGGCUUACACGGCCUACCGAGUGCACUAUGUGCGAGGUCGGAUUGAAAUCAGCCUCAGACAUGGAGGACGUUGUUAGCUUUUAGCCACGCGUCUGCUCUGCAUACAAACGGUCGUAUUGCUGAGUUUUACAGGUCGAAGCGGUCUGUACGACUUCAGCAGUGUGCUCCAGUCACGCGCGUUGGCGGGGUCUCUCUCUGGUGGGCGUGUCUCUCUCUGGUGGGCGUGUCUCUCUGGUAGGAGUAUCUCUCUGGUAGGAGUAUCUCUCUGGUAGGCGUGGCUCUCUCUGGUAGGCGUGGCUCUCUCUGGUAGGCGUGGCUCUCUCUGGUAGGCGUGUCACGCAGAAACCACAUACUGCACCAUGUACUGUGCGUGCAGGAAGUAGAUGGCGAGACGGUGGGAGCUGCAGUGGAAGGUACAAUGGCGCUGUGUGAACCACACUGGGAUCAACACAUCCCCUGGCCGAAGAUCCGAGCUCUACAGUCGCGCCUGCUAGUGGCCUCCGUGGCCCUGAUUUGCUUCAUAAACAGCUACGAUGGAGACUUCGUCUUUGAUGAUUCAGAAGCUAUACUCAAUAACAAGGACCUAGACCCAGCCACUCCUCUGAGCAACAUCUGGAAAAAUGACUUCUGGGGAAGCAACCUGAGCAGCAACUCCAGCCACAAAUCCUACCGGCCGCUGACCGUUCUCACCUUUAGGCUUAACUACCUCUUGGCCGGUGGACUGCAUCCGGCGGGCUUCCACGUGCUCAAUAUCGGCCUCCACUGUGUUAUCUCUGCAUUAAUGAUUGACGUCUUCGCAGUAUUAAUCGCUGGUCUGGCCUGCGAUGGGAAAACGAAGAGCCCUCCGAAGGCAUCGGUCUUGGCGGCGCUGUUCUUUGCUGCACACCCGGUUCAUACCGAAAGUGUGGCUGGCAUCGUGGGCCGGGCAGACCUCUUGUGUGCCCUGUUUUUCCAACUCUCCUUCCUUUCGUACUGCAGAGCGUUUCAGACUGGGGACAAGACCGAGAAAUUCUCCGUGGCAUGGAUGAUGGUCAGCCUUCUGCUCUGCGCUGUGGCAAUGCUAUGUAAAGAGCAAGGCAUUACAGUUUUGGGAGUGAAUGCUUCAUUCGAUAUCCUCGUGAUCUGCAACGUGAAUAUCUAUGACUUGACUCGCAGUCUUCUAGUGGCGAAAAAAGCCGCAGAUGUUAUUGAGAAGGUCAGAAAUGGACUGCUGGUCAGACUGGCCCUGCUGCUUUUGGGGGGCUCCUUGCUUUUGUUUGCAAGGUGGAGGAUUAUGGGUACAGGGCCCCCAGCCUUCACUGAAGUAGACAACCCAGCUUCCUUUGAUGAAAAUGUUUUUUUUAGGAUUGUGAACUAUAAUUACUACUACUCCUUGAAUGCAUGGCUGCUGCUGUGUCCCUGGUGGCUGUGUUUUGAUUGGUCAAUGGGCUGUGUACCUCUUAUUAAAUCAGCCGGUGACUGGAGAAUCAUCUGGCUGCUGUUGCUGUGGGCCUGCUUGAUUGGCUUGAUAAGGCAAGCUCUGUGCUCCCCAGACAGCAGCGGGAGAAGGACUCUGACGUUUGGUUUGGUGCUGCUGGUCAUCCCCUUCCUGCCAGCCAGUAAUCUGUUCUUCCGUGUCGGCUUUGUGAUCGCUGAGCGUGUGCUGUACCUCUCCACUGCUGGUUACUGCCUCAUCCUGGCCUACGCAGUGGCUCACUGCUGUUGCCGCUGGAAGAGACCCAAAAAGCUGCUGCGGGCGGCCAUGUUGGCCCUGCUGGGUGUCAAUGUGGCACGCUGCGCCUUGCGCAGUCAGCAGUGGAGGUCUGAGCAGAGCCUCUUCACCAGUGCCUUGUCUGUCUGCCCGCUCAAUGCUAAGGUUCAUUAUAACGUUGGCAAAAACCUCGCUGACCGAGGCAACCAGAGUGCUGCAAUCAAGUACUACAGGGAAGCUGUGAGGUUGCACCCGAAAUAUGUCCAUGCCAUGAACAAUCUGGGAAACAUACUGAAGGAGAGGAACGAGCUGCAGGAGGCAGAAGACAUGCUGUCUACGGCUGUUCUCAUCCAACCUGACUUUGCCGCUGCUUGGAUGAAUCUGGGAAUCGUGCAGAACAGCCUGAAGAAGUUUGAAGAGGCAGAGAAAAGCUACCGGAAUGCUAUUAAAUUCAGGAAGAAGUAUCCAGAUUGCUACUACAAUUUGGGCCGACUGUAUGCGGAUCAGAAUCGGCACGUGGAUGCUCUGAAUGCUUGGAGGAACGCCACCAUGUUGAAGCUCGAUCACAGCCUGGCAUGGAAUAACAUGGUUAUACUACUGGAUAACAUCGGCAAUUUGGCGCAAGCAGAGAUGAUAGGAAAAGAGGCUUUGAAGAUACUACCUAAAGACCACACCAUCAUGUUUUCAUUAGCCAAUGUGCUGGGGAAGCAACAGAAAUACAAGGAGUCGGAAGGUUUCUUUCUGAGCGCGCUGAAGAUCAAUCCGAAUGCCGCCAGUUGCCAUGGCAAUCUUGCUGUUCUGUACCACCGCUGGGGGAAGCUGGACUUGGCUAAGAGGCAUUAUGAGCUCGCUUUAAAACUGGAUCCCAGUGCUCCGGGGACCAAGGAAAACUACAACAUGCUGAAACGCAAGUUAGAGCAACAGCAAAGGACGGUCGGUUAAACCGGGCUUUGAUAUUAAAAGCCGUGAAUGCCACAUUUUGUAUGAAGUCCAUGCCAGGAAUGGGAUUAAAGAGACCGUCUUCGUUUAUAGUGUGUACGGUAUUUUGGACGGUAACAGUUUGUGUUACGAAUGUAAAUGAAGGCGGGUGGUGUCGACUCGGCGAUACGUGUUCGGGGGUCAGAGCUGUGGCUUUGUAGCAGAAUAAAGUUCUUCUCUUACAUGUGGCCCUUGGUGUUAAGGAAUGUGGAACAUAUCCACCAUCUUUUAUUCUUCGUCUUUCAUCUCGGACACCGUGUUAUGUCAGCUGGCCCUCUGUUUAUUAGUCUAUUUGACUUUGUAAUUGUUAAGCAUGUUACCGUUGGCCGUUGAUCAAGAAUGUGCUAGUCCUACUGACGAAUUGCGUUUUAAAACCUCAGUAAACCAAGAGUGAGUCACAUAGCUAUGAGAUUACCGUUGGUUUUUGUUUGCGUGCACGUUCCAGAGUAUGGACGGAACGCGUUGGCGAGUAUGGAUCGUAACCCUUCGUCGCCUCCUGUAGAAAAUGUAAGAAAGGUGUUUUGCAAGUGUGUAUCGUUGAUGCACAAGAGCUCAAGGGUCACCCCAAGCAGGAAGCCAGCAGCAAUGGCAGAAAAGAAAACAUCACAGCAUGGAGCAGAAGCUUCAAAGGACGCUGGACGCCAUCCCCAAGGGGCAUCUCGCACAUGCUGGCUCAUCUUGAAAGUUAGUGCUGAAGGCUGACCCCAGGACACAACUUCAGUCAACAAGUCUGCUCCUCGGUUGAAAGUUCAGCACACUUCUAUUUUUUCACCUGCUUCCUCCCACCGCUAGGGAACAUUUGAAGAGCGUUGCUGGUCCCGCGAGUACACCGUCAGAUGAGAGUUUUAGAAAGUUUGUUUUAACAGCGUGAACCACUGGUGUUUAAGGUACAACCUGGAAAUGGUGUCCAUGAUAAUACUGAAGGAAGUAAUGAAAUGCAUCGCUGAUAAAAUAAAACAAACAAACAAAAAAAA